AUGUUUCGCCAGACCUACUGCCAGCGCAGACAGCCCUGCCUCCCACCUCACGUCGUCCUGGUGAGGAAUUUGCCCGUCAGUAGGAGAGUGUAUCCCUGCAGCAUCCCAUGCCUGAACACAUGUGCAGAUCCCUGCUACUACGCCAGGGUUCCUCAGGGCACCACAACAUACCUGAAGCUUGGUAGCUGUGACUUGAGGCAGAUUGCCUUGGAUCCCUGUUGCCUUGGGAUCACCACACGUGUGGAUCCCUGCUGUCAGGAUGUGACCAGAUGCAGCAGCACCAGGUGUGUGGAUCCCUGCUGUCAGGAUGCUACCCAGUGCACCACCAGGUGUGUGGAUCCCUGCCUCCAGGAUGCAACCCAGUGCACUACAAGUUGCGUGGAUCCCUGCCUCCAGGAUGUCACCAAGUGCACCACCAGAUGUGUAGAUCCCUGCCUCCAGGAUGCAACCCAGUGCACCACCAGAUGUGUGGAUCCCUGCUGUCAGGAUGCUACCCAGUGCACCACCAGAUGUGUGGAUCCCUGCCGCCAGGAUGCAACCCAAUGCACCACCAGAUGUGUGGAUCCCUGCCGCCAGGAUGCAACCCAAUGCACCACCAGAUGCGUGGAUCCCUGCUGUCAGGAUGUCACCAAGUGCACCACCAGAUGUGUGGAUCCCUGCCGUCAGGAUGCUACCCAGUGUACCACCAGGUGUGUGGAUCCCUGCUGUCAGGAUGUCACCAAGUGCACCACCAGAUGUGUAGACCCCUGCUGUGAGGAAGUGACCAAGUGCACCACCAGAUGCGUGGAUCCCUGCUGUCAGGAUGUCACCAAGUGCACCACCAGAUGUGUAGAUCGCUGCUGUGAGGAAGUGACCAAGUGUACUACUACCAGAUGUGUAGAUCCCUGCUGCAAGGAGGUGACCAGGUGCACUACCAGAUGUGCAGCUCCCUGCUGUGAGGAAGUGACCAAGUGCACCACCAGAUGCGUGGAUCCCUGCUGUAGACCUGUGACCAGAUGUGCUACUGUAUGUGUGGAUCCAUGCUAUGGCAGAACUACCAAGUGCACCACCAGAUGCGUGGAACCCUGCUGUGGAGCAGUGACCCGAUGUAGCAAAAAAUGUGUGGAACCGUGUUGUGAGGAAGUGAGCCGGUGCACCAGGAGGUGUGUGGAUCCCUGCUGUCGUGAGGUGACCAAGUGCACCACCAGAUGUGUGGAUCCGUGCAGCGGAGCUGUGAUCAGCUGCACCACUAAGUGUGUGGAUCCAUGCCGCAGCAGAAUGACCAAGUGUGCAAGGUGCAAGAAUCCCUGCUGUGGGGAAGUGAGCAAGUGCACCACCAGGUGUGUAGAUCCCUGCUGUGGCAGAGUGACCAAGUGUGUGGAUCCAUGCUGUAGGGAGGUGACCGGCUGCCAAACCAGGUGUGUGGAUCCCUGCUGCAAGGAGGUGACCAGGUGCACCCCAGCGUGUGUAGAUUCCUGCUGCACUGAGGUGACAAAGUGUGCCACCAGGUGCGUAGAUCCCUGCUGUCAGGAUGCCACUAAGUGCACCACCACAUGCGUGGAUCCCUGCUGCAAGGAGGUGACCAAAUGCACCACCACGUGUGUGGAUCCCUGCUGUAGAGGGGAGACCAAGUGCACUACCACGUGUGUGGACCCGUGCUGCCAGGACGCGAUCCAGUGCACCACCAGGUGUGCAGAUCCCUGCUGCCAGGAUGCGACCCAGUGCACUACCACCUGCGUAGAUCCCUGCUGCCAGGAUGCAAACCAAUGCACCUCCACGUGUGUGGAUCCCUGUGUUCCCCCCUGCUUUGCGAGGCCCACCCCACUGUGUGCCAGUGUCUGUGGCCGGCACUACUCCAUCAGCUGUGCUGACAUCUGCUGCCGCAAGUGA